AUGUCUCUCGGUCAAGAAAAUUUUGAUCCUGUUGAAGUCUCUGGGUCGCAUGCUUGCUUAUAUGACCUUUUAUGUUCAGAGACACCAAGAGGAACUCCUCAAUUGCAAACAUGUUCUUCUGAUCCUCGAGAUCGGUUGGAGAAGUUACUUAAGCAACCUGGGAAUAAAUAUUGUGCUGAUUGUGGAUCUCCCGAACCGAAAUGGGUAUCGUUAAGUCUCGGUGUAUUUAUCUGCAUAAAAUGUUCUGGUGUACACAGAAGUCUUGGAGUUCAUAUAUCAAAGGUUUUAUCAGUAAAGCUAGAUGAGUGGACAGAUGAUCAAGUUGAUAUGCUCGUAGGGUACGGUGGAAACACCGCGAUGAACGAGAGAUUCGAAGCUUGUAACAUUGACCAGUUAAAGAAACCAAAACCAGAUUCUACUAAUGAAGAACGCAAUGAUUUCAUCAGGAAGAAAUAUGAGCUGCACCAGUUUAUGGAUCCAAAGGAUGGUGCUUUGUGCACUUAUCAGCAGCCUAGUAGUAGAAAAACUUCACCACCAUCGUCUUUAUGUUCCGCAAGCCAUCGUUCUACAAAAAACCGAAUUGGUAACGCUUUUAGGAAUAGCUGGGGAAGAAGAGAAUCUGAUAAUAAAGGACCAAAGAAGAGCAAUUCUCUGGCAGGUAUGGUUGAGUUUGUGGGAUUGAUUAAGGUUAAUGUGGUAAAAGGAACCAACCUUGCCGUUCGAGAUGUCAUGACCAGUGAUCCUUAUGUUAUCCUCUCUCUUGGCCAACAAUCGGUAAAAACACGGGUGAUAAAAAACAACUUGAAUCCAGUGUGGAAUGAGACGCUAAUGCUUUCGAUACCCGAGCAAAUACCUCCUCUCAAAGUGCUAGUGUAUGACAAAGAUACAUUUUCGACGGAUGAUUUCAUGGGAGAGGCAGAGAUAGACAUACAACCAUUGGUGAGUGCAGCAAAAGCUUACGAGACAUCGAGCAUAAAGGAACCGAUGCAGUUGGGAAGUUGGGUUGCGAGCAAAGAGAACACAUUGGUAAGUGAUGGCAUAAUCUCACUUGAAGAAGGGAAAGUGAAACAAGACAUUUCACUUAGGCUUCAAAAUGUAGAAAGAGGUGUUCUUGAGAUCCAGCUUGAAUGUCUCCCUCUUACUCAAUGA